AUGGCGGGGUCAAGCUGUGAAGUUGCUGCGAUAUCCACCACAGCGUUUUGCAGGGCUAAAAGUAUCCUGGAAGAGAUUAAUCACGAUUUGGAGGUACUUGAAUUAAGGAAUGGUGGGAAAAGGAUUACAUGGCAAAGUCAAUCUAAAGCUCUUACGAUCGAAGGUGAUGAGUUAGCAAAUAAUCCACUCCAACUCUUUCAAAGAUUUGAAAAUAUGAAUAAGCUCAAACUAUUUGGAUGUGAUCAAUACGAAGAGCUAUUCUUUCCAAAUCUUCCAAAUCUUGAAGUUCUAAAUGUACAGGGCUGUAGCAAAUUGAUGUAUCUAGCGUCAUCCUCAACUUCUUUUCAGAAUCUUAAAGUUUUGAGAGUCGACAAUUGCCAUGAGUUGAUGAAGUUAAUAACACCUUCAACAGCUAGAAGCCUCCAGACUCUACAACGCCUUGAAAUAAUGGAUUGUGAGGUUUUAGAGGAGAUUGUUGCGGAAGAAGAAGGAGCAAAAGUUGUUGUUAAUUUUGCCUUUCCGCAGGUUACCUAUUUGCAGCUUGAGAAAUUGCCAAAACUUACAGCUUUCUAUCCUGGAAUACAUACUUGUGAAUUGCCAAUGUUAGAAAGGUUGGUGAUCAAAGAAUGUGAAAAAUUCACUUCAAAAUAUCUAAGCUUCCAAGAAAAUUCAUUUCAUAUCCCAGAGCCAAAAUCCCUCUGCUUGGAGCAUAAGAUCAACCAUGAUUUGGAGGUGUUUGAUAUAACAAUUGGCUGGAAAAAGAUUAUAUGGCAGAGUCAAUCUAAAGCUCUUAAGAUCUCAUGUGAUAAUAACUUAACAAAUAUUCCACUUGGACUCCUUCAAAGAUUUGAAAAUCUGAAAAAGCUUGGACUAUAUGGAUGUGAUCAAUACAAAGAGCUAUUCUUUCCAAAUCUUGAAGUUUUAUGUGUACAUGGAUGUGGAAACUUGAUGAAGGUAAUAACACCUUCAACAGCUAGAAACUUGAUGCAAUUGAGAGCAAUGAGAGUAGAGAAUUGUGGAAUGUUGAUUGAAAUAGUUAAAAAUGAUGGAGAAGGAGAUGCAACAUCGAGUAUUGAAAUUGUUUUUGAUAAUUUGAAGAAGUUGUCACUUUUAGGGUUAGAAAGUCUUACAUGCUUUUGUUCUGGGAAUUACUCUUUCAAUUUCCCAUCUUUGGAAGAGCUAAAUAUAGGAGAUAGUCCCAAUAUGAAGACUUUCUCUCAAGGAAUUUUAAGCAUACCAAUGUUAUACAAAGUUAAUUAUAUGGGCUUGGAUAUGUAUGAAGAUUAUGGGGAGAUAAUAAGGAAAGUAGAGAUUAGUGGUAUAGUUAAUUAUAUGGGCUUGGAUAUGUAUGAAGAUUAUGGGGAGAUAAUAAGGAAAGUAGAGAUUGAAGGGAAUGAGCUUAAUAGAACCAUUCAACAAGUACACAAAAAAGAGGUUGACUUCAAUUUGGAGGAAUUGACAUUAAAUGGAAGGGACAUCAUGUCGAUUUGGGAAGGAGAAUUUCAAGAGAGCUUUGGCAAAGUAAAAACUCUUGAAUUGAUUAAUGAUGCAUAUGCAAAUAUUCCAAUUCAAAUCCUUCAUAAAUUGAACAGUCUUGAAAAACUCUUACUGAAAGUGAGUUCAUAUGAAGAGAUAUUCUCAUUUGAAGAGGAUAAGGAACACAUUGGAACACUCACAAAAUUAAAACAUUUAGAAUUGUUUGGACUUUUAGAUUUAAAGUGCAUUUGGAAACAAGACUCUCGAUUAAACUCAAUUCUUCAAAAUCUUGAUAGACUGGAGGUGAAAUAUUGUCACAAAUUGACUACUCUGUUGCCAUCUUUAGCAUCUUUUGAAAAUCUGAAGAUUUUGAACGUAAGCUAUUGCAAUGAGAUGCAAAAUUUAAUGUCAUCCUCAACAGCCAAAAGUCUGGUGCUACUAGAACUGUUGAGUAUAACUCAUUGUGAAAUGAUCAUGGAAGUAGUAGCAAAUGAGGGAGAUGUAGAGAAAGAUGAAAUUGUUUUUGAGAAAUUGAAGGCGUUGAAGGAUCGAGCAAAGGCUAUUGAGAUUCUUGACUAGGACCUUAAGGUUUUUGCAUCCUUCAAUUAAGAACAUUUCAAGGAGAUUACCCAGCUUCUUACACUUGAUAACUUUAGGCAAAAUGAACAGCUUUCCAAGUAUGGAGACACAAAAUCGGUUUGUAAUAUUAUGCUUGUAGAACUUAAUAAGUUAAUUGAAGCAAACCCCCUGUUUUGUGACAGGCUUACAUUCCUAGCCUUCAACAGUUCACAACUGAGGACAUUAAUAAACCCGAGUUUAAAUUGGCAGCAUCAACAUUGCAAGAAUCCUUGUCCAAACCCUGAUAUUAGAACACUCUUCACUGAUCAUUGUUGCAACCCUAUGGCUAAUGGAGCUAGUCCUUCUCCUACAAACAGCCCGCUUGUGGGACCAAUUCCUAAGGCUGGUGCAUCGCCUAUUGGUGCUCAUGGUCCAUUUCAGAGUGUUGUUUCCCCAUCUCCAGGUGCUAUUGCUGGUUGGAUGUCAAACAAUAGUCCUUCCUUACCUCACCCUGCUGUGGCAGCAGGGCCCCAUCUUGUGCAGUCUUCUAGUGCAGCUGCAUUCUUGAAACAUCCAAGGACGCCUACAGGUAUGAAUGGGAUGGAUUGUCAAUCAGAGUAUUCAAUGCAUUUGAUGAAGCGUAUCUGCACUGGCCAGUCUGAUGCUGUGUCUUUUGCUGGUGUAGCACAUACUACCAAUGUAUAUUCUCAAGAUAACCUUACUAAAGCUGUUGUGCGAACCCUUAAUCAAGGAUCUAAUGUCAUGAGCAUGGACUUCCAUCCACAGCAGCAAGAUAUUCUUCUUGUGGGGACAAAUGUUGGUGACAUUAGCCUUUGGGAGGGGGUUCUGGGGAUUGGCACACAAGUGAAAGCUCUGUGCGUACCUGAUUCUAUAGCACCAAGCAUGGUAAGUGGUAAAGAAUUCAAGUAUUUGCAUUUUAUUUUAGUUAGGAAGAAACCCCUCUGCUUCUAUAGUACUGGAUAUUUUCUUUGUGUUCCCCUGCAUUUAGGCCUGGGAUACACCAACUCUGGUCUAGCUCUAUUGGCCCUUACCGCCAGCACUGUUCACAAGCUUUGGAAAUGGCAACGUAGUGAAAGGAAUCCCUCAGGGCAGGCUACUGCAUACGUAGUGCUGCUGUGGCAACCUCCCAGUGGAACACUUAUGACCAAUGACAUAAAUGAUAAUAAACCAGUUGAAGAUUCUGCUGCAUGCAUCGUUUUAUCCAAAAAUGAUUCUUACGUUAUGUCUACCUCUGGUGGAAAAGUUUCCUUAUUCAACAUGAUGACAUUCAAGGUCAUGACGAUGUUUAUGCCCCCACCUCCGGCAGCUACCUAUUUGGCAUUCCAUCCUCAAGAUAAUAAUAUUAUUGCCAUUGGGAUGGAGGAUUCUACCAUUCAGAUAUACAAUAUCAGAGUUGAUGAGGUCAAAACCAAACUUAAGGGUCACGAAAAUCAAAUCAAAGGGCUUGCAUUUUCCCAAACUUUAAAUGCAUUGGUGUCUUCAGGGGCUGAUGCUCAGCUAUGUAUGUGGAGUACUGGUAAAUGGGAGAAGCUGAAAUCAAGGUUCAUACAAGCACCAACUGGCCGUCAAUCCCCUUUGGUUGGAGAAACUAAAGUCCAGUUUCAUAAUGAUCAAACACAUCUUUUGGUGGUUCAUGAUAGCCAAACUUCCAUUUAUGACAGCAAGCUUGAAUGUUCACGUUCAGUAAGUUUUGCUUCCAUGUCAUCAUGUUGUAGUUUUUCUUCAGUUCUCUCAUUCUUAAGUAAACUUACCGACCAUAAUCGUAUUUCUAAUACUGUGGAAGCACAGCAUCACAAUAAUUAA